UUUGAUGUUGGCAAGAUGGAAGAAAUUUCAUCGGUAUUAGAACUUGUACUAGAAUCAGAAAAAGGAAAAAUUAUAAAUAUGACAAAGUUAAAUAAUCGUAGUUAUCAAUACCCCGAAAGGGAUCGCGAAAUUAUUGCUAAACUUUCUGAUCCUAACUAUGAAGUGAAAAGUCAUGUUUUCUCAAAAGAUGCUCCGGUAGAAGAUUUAUUUAAAUAUGAAGUUUGUCAAACCAUUUUUCGCUAUCAGCAAGAACAUAAAAUUCCUUACGAAAAAUUUGCUGAGCAAAUUGGCUUAUCCUUCGCGGAAGCUAUGAAGGUUCUUAAAGGGAAAAUCAAUGAUUUUUAUUUAGGACAACUUAUAUUUUAUUUCAAAAAAAUGGCUCCUGAACAAGAAUUAAAGUUAACCCCUUCUAUUUGUUUCCAUUGUCACAACAAAAUAAAAGGAAAAUUUUAUUAUAUUCCUCAUCUUUUUAUUGAAAGUGUAAAAUUUCCUCUUUGCCUUGGAUGUGCAACAAUUAAAGUUAAGUGUAAGAAUUGUAGUAGGGAAAACAUCGUUGUAAAAGAUUAUGAAUUAGAAAAAAAGACUUUAUAA